AUGGAUUCAACAUCGCUAUGCUUCACUCACGUCAACCCUCAACAUCUUCAUGGAAACAGCAACAUUUCGGAAAAUUCGCUGCCGAUGGUCAUUGACUAUUCGUCACAAUCGUUUUGGGAUCAAGCAGCACUCGAUGUGUACCCAUUUGCUCAAUCUCAUCUUCAUCCAGGUAUUACUGUAGUCGGGCACCCAUCGCUUCUGAAUACGCCAUUUGUCUUCCGGGCAGCUGCCUAUAUCCGAACCGUAUUGACAUCAGAGUGUUUAAAAGGAGUUGAUGACUCGCUCUUCUUGAGUCCAUCCAUGCCUGCAAACGAUCUUCUUAUCCUUGGCAACGAACUUGCUCAAUCUACGUCAACCUCAGUCGAAGAACCAAUCUCAUCUGUCCUAGAAUUGGAAUUCUUCACCCCGCCUUACUGUUCAUCAGGAAACGACGAUAUUUUUGGACAGUUCGAGAUCAACGAUGUCCCUGAUUUGUUUAUUGAUAUUCAUGAAGUAUCUUCAAAUCCACAAGAUCCAGUUAUUGCCAACGUCCAUCUCAUUGAGGGUACCUCUACCAGAAAUAAGAAGAAAGAUUCUCAACAAGACUUGCCGCCUCAGAAGAAAACUAAAAGCGCGCCGAAAGUGACUGUUGUAAAAUCGACCAAGAAGUACAGCAGGAAGCAAUCGGAAAGCUCUUCAAAUGCCCACAUGAAGGAUGUCGUAGCUCAGAAACGAACUUUGCUUUCAAAACUAAGCAGUCAUUGA